GUUCAUCAACAACACCACCCAUCGAACAGUCCUGAGGCACCACUCGCUCCGUAACGAUUCCGAAAUACCCCCCUUCACCCCAGCGAGGUGCGACCCAACACCACCUCCCACGUACCGCCCCUACAGUCCACGACUGGCCGAUCGACCCCUAAGUGAACACCCUCCGCCAAGAAGAAGAGAGCGGAACAACCAAACAAAACACCCAUGUUGUCCACUGCAGCGCGGCGGUAAUCUUUGACCAUGGAGGACCCUCUGGUCCAAGGGGUCAAUGGCGUGGCCAACGGAGCCCCGACCGCCCCUGCUUCGUCCGGCAUGCCGAGCGCAGUCGACCCGCAGGCAGUAGUGAGCUACUUGACCAGCGUGCUGGAGGUCACCUUGGGUGCAACAGAGGAAGAGUUGCGUGGACCUGGCAGUCUGUUACAUGAGACUGCGCUGGAGGACACACUUUCACGAUGUCUGCGAUUCGCCAUGGAGUCCCAGGUGGCACUCUACGUGCUUAAGCAGGCUGGCUCUGCGUCAAGCUCAGACAGUCAAGAGAAUGGCACACAUGUGAAUGGCGAUUCGGAGUCAUAUCAGGACACAUAUGUGCUCAGUGCAGAAGUCAGCUAUUCCAAGCGAACGAUUGGUUGCGUAGCCUUUCUCAAAAGGCCGAGUGCGAUCGCGCCUGAGCUGCCUAUCAGCAAGCAAGUCUCUGUCGUCAACUUGACACUACCUGGCCUGGGAGGUGCGGAGAGUGCAGGCAGCACAGUUUCCCCAUACGAAAGUCUCCAUGCCUUCGUUCGUGGCGCCCUUACGCCUUUCUUCGAAGCCGCUGCACGAGGCUCCGAUUCCGGACAGGAAAAGCCACGAUCUGAUGCUGAGGCUCGUACUGGUAUUUCGGGAGCGAGACGAAAACUGGCAGACCUGGAAAUAACGCUACAGAACUUGCAACAGAACAUCGAAGUCGAAGCGCCGAGAUUACAGAUUCAUGAAGCAGUGCAAGCACAGCUAGCAGAAGCCGGUGGCGACUGGCAGGCGGCAGCGGUCGCCAUCCCAGACGGUCUAGUAACGGACAGCGCGUUGCUCAACCGAUUACAGACAAUGGCGAACGAGUGGAUCAAGCAGAUCCGCGAAUUCACCAAGAUCAUGGACGAUCGGGCUGUUGGCACAACAUCACAAGAGAAGAAUUUCUGGCUUGCCAUGGAGACCGCGAUAGAAGGAAUAGAGGCACAGCUGAACAGUGGCGGCGUUCAAUUGACGAUGAAGAUCUUGGAGAAGGCGAAGCGACACGGUAUUACAGCAAGUUUCACAUCGGACACUCGCCUGAAAGAAACGAAAGAGAAGGUCGUCAAAUACAACCAGGUCUUCCACGGCUUCCCCAUCGAAGAACUGCUGGCCGCGCCAAACGUCGAGAAGCUGCGUGAGGCACUUGACGAUGUGUUCUCGCACUUGACAAAGAAGCUUCGGAUAUCUCCAUAUCCCAUUCGCAGAGCUCUGCCACUCGUAGAAGCUAUCUCUGCCGAUGUUGAUGCUCGUGUGCAUCAACACCUGCACGGUCGGACGCUCAUGCGAUUGAGCUUUGAGGAGUUCCGCAAAGUGAUCGAGCAAGUGCAAACCGUCUGGAUGUUCUGGGAUGAUAAUGUCAAAGAAUUCACCAACGUGGCUCGUGAUGUCACUCGUCGACGGAAUGACAGAUUCAUCCCCAUCAAAAUCAACAAACGUCAUGACAAGACCCAGGACCGAAUCAGCUAUAUCUACAAGUUCCGUGACGACCACGAGCAAUUGCAGAACACGAUUGCGAACGUGCUUGGACCCGAUGACGAUACUGGCGAGCUCACCGACGGGGCGAGGGCUCCCGUGAUUGUCGAGGAGAUGGGCGAUGUCGAUGCUGCAGAAGAAAUUCUGCAAGCUUACGAAGUGGUCAAAGAUGUCGACGUGCUCGACAUUUCUCCAGAAGGCGAGCGCCUCUGGACGCAAGCAGAAGCAGCCUACAAUGAACGCACAGCCAGAGUCGAGAAUUCGAUCAUUGCACGAUUGCGGGAUCGCCUGGCGGUAGCGAAGACAGCGAACGAAAUGUUCCGGGUUUUCUCCAAAUUCAAUGCUCUUUUCGUGCGACCCAAGAUCAAGGGCGCCAUUGCAGAAUACCAAGUUCAGCUGAUGAACAACGUGCGGGAGGACAUCGAUGCCCUUCAGCAGCGCUUCACUCACCAGUAUGGUCAAACUGAGGCACACGGCAUGGCUCAGCUCCACGACUUGCCACCGAUAUCAGGGGCCAUCAUUCGUGCCCGGCAGAUCGAACGCCAGCUCAACAGCUAUUUGAGCAAAGUUGAAGACAUUCUUGGAGCCAAAUGGCGAGAACAUAUCGACGGUCAACGGCUUGCACAACUAGGCGACGGCUUCAAGAGAAAGCUCGACACCAAGCCCAUAUUCGAAGACUGGCUGCGCGAUAUCGAUCGCCGGCAUCUCUCGAUAUCCGGCCGCCUAUUUUCGGUCACUCAAAACAGAGCUCGAGGUGGCGUGCUUGAAAUUCACGUAAACUUCGACUCACAAGUGGUUGUGCUUUUCAAGGAAGUGCGCAAUCUGCUGUGGCUCAAUUUCAACGUGCCGCAUGCAAUCACCAAUGUUUCCAAAGAAGCUCGUCGUGUGUACCCUUACGCCACAAGUCUGAUGGAGAGCUUGAACACCUACAGCCAGACCAACUCGGUCAUCGAAAACAUGUCGGAAGUGACCACUUUGAUCAGUGGAUAUCGCAAUGACGUACAAAGCUUCAUUGGAAAGGGCACUUCGCUCCGAUGGGACACAUUCGUGCUGGCCUACGAUGUUCAUGUGCCGCGUAUCGGAGAUGGCGGUAUAGGGUCUGGGGACGACAAGCUACACGUACAGUUUGUGCGAAACUUGGGCGGCUCCAUCGCCACGUUGUCACAGAAGGUUGCGACGCUACUCUCAAUCCAGACGACAGUUGAGCAGGCACUGCGCGAGCUCCAGACAUGUCAAUUCACACACGAAGCCUUUAGCACACAUCUUGAGACUUUGCAGAGAGCGAUUGAUCAGCUGAAUCUUGAAGCGUACUCGAAUAUUGCGUACUGGGUUGAAAAGACGAACGAGAAGGUGGUUGAGACGCUCCACGCACGUCUAAGGCAAGCACUCAAAGACUGGACAGAAGACUUCGAACAUGGCUACGGCGCAGACCAACAAUCUCCUCGCGAGAUUGGCGCACCCAACAUUGAAACUUCCGCGCACGACAUUGUGAUGCAGAGUCAACUUAUUCAACUCGACCCGCCGUUGGAGGACGCCAAAACGGGCUGGCUUGAGAACCUCAACACAUGGCUUGCUAUCGUAUGCAGUCUGCCCAGACUGCAAGCCUCUCGUUUUGAAGCCGCCUUGGCCGUCCAAUCGUCGACUUCAGCCACCACAUACUCGGAACUGCCGAUCAUGUGCAUAGAUACCCUGGCUGAGCUGUAUGAGCGCAUCGAAGCCAAAUUGAACGUCGCCCAGACCUAUGUGGACGAAUGGCUACAAUUUCAAUCGCUUUGGGAUCUGCAGCUCUCUCAAAUACAGGGCGACCUCAACGAGGAACUCGACUUGUGGCUCCAGUUGAUCCUGGAGAUCCGGCAAAAGCGAGAGACAUUCGACACCUCUGGCAAUCGCCGAUCAUUCGGCUACCUAGUCAUCAACUAUGAACAAGUACAGUCCAAGGUGAACGCGAAAUACGACCAGUGGCAGCAUGAUCUGCUUGCCCACUUCUCUACAAUGUUUGCCACCCGUCUUGUCGACGUGUAUAGCGAGCUGCAGCGAGCCAGGAAGGACCUCGAAGGACAAUCUAUGCAAGCCUCAUCUACCUCUCAAGCAGUGUCAUUCAUCACUGUGGUUCAAACCUGCAAGCGACAGACGAAAGUCUGGGAACCUGAAAUGGACACCUUCAGACAAGGCCAACAGACGUUGCUGCGCUUGCGCUUCCAGUACCCUAAGGACUGGCUCUACGUCGAGCAAGUCGAUCACGAGUGGACAGCGCUUAUCGAAGUGCUUGAGAAAAAGAGCAGACAAAUUGCGGAUCACACGGAGGGGUUGCGUACCAAGAUCAUUGCCGAGGACGGUGUUGUCGCGCGCCGCAUCGCUGAGAUGACCGAGAAAUGGCAAGAACAGCGCCCGGAGUCUGGGUCCACGCCUCCAGCAGAGGCUGUUGCAAGCCUAGAGACGUUCGACAAGGAGCUGACUCAGCUUCAGGAGCAGCACGACAUGGUGGCCAAAGCGAAGGAGGCGCUUGAGCUGCCAGCAAGUCCAGACAACAUGCUUGCUGAUCUGUUGGCUGAGGUCCAAGACUACAAGUCAGUAUGGGCGAACUUGACAGUCGUCUGGGAUCAGCUGAACGAGCUACGAGAUCAGCCGUGGAAUAGCAUUCAGCCUCGCAAGCUCAGACAGAGCAUUGACAACCUCAUCAAGACUACGAAAGAAAUGCCCAGCAGAAUGCGCUCAUACGCAGCAUUCGAGCACUUACAGCAGCAUCUGAGACAGCUGCUCAAAGUGAAUCCACUGCUUACGGAGAUGCGAUCUGACGCUGUUCGCGAGAGGCACUGGACCAAGAUCUUCAAAUCUCUCGCUCCAUCCAAGCGGUACUCGGCUCUUUCCAUGACCCUUGGUGAUGUCUGGGACCUUCAACUUGGGCCCAGCGAGGCUGUCAUUCGAGAUGUAAUCGCACAAGCGCAGGGCGAGAUGGCGCUCGAAGAGUUUGUUCGUGGCGUACGAGAGCAAUGGCAGAACUAUUCUCUGGAUCUGGUCAACUACCAGAACAAGUGCCGCCUCAUUCGUGGCUGGGACGACUUGUUCGCUAAGUGCAGCGACCACCUCAACUCUCUCCAGGCUAUGCGUCAUUCACCAUACUACAAGGAGUUUGAGGAAGAAGCUUCAUCGUGGGAAGACAAGUUGAACCGCAUCCACGUGCUGUUCGAUGUUUGGAUCGAUGUGCAGCGUCAAUGGGUCUACCUCGAAGGCGUGUUCACUGGCAACGCUGACAUCAAGCACUUGCUCCCUGUGGAAUCAUCUCGUUUUGCGAACAUCAACAGCGAAUUCAUGACCGUGCUCAAGAAAGUGUACCGGUCGCCUUUGGUGCUUGAAGUGCUGAACAUUCCGGACGUUCAGAAAUCCCUUGAGAGAUUGGCUGAUUUGCUCAACAAGAUCCAGAAAGCACUCGGCGAGUACCUUGAAAAAGAGCGUGUAGCUUUCCCACGAUUCUACUUCGUUGGUGACGAAGACCUGCUUGAGAUCAUUGGCAACAGCAAUGAUACGGUCCGUGUUGCCAAGCACUUGCGAAAGAUGUUUGCUGGCAUCAAUGGGCUCUUGCUGGACGACGAGUCAAACAUACUUGGACUCCAAUCCCGAGAAGGCGAAGAGGUUCUUUUCAAGACGCCCAUCAACCUGAUACAAACGCCUAAGAUCAACGACUGGCUACGAGCACUGGAGACUGGCAUGCGCGAAACGCUGUCAGACUUGCUCGUAGAAGCUGUCGCCGAAUACGAAGGUCUCGAUGAACACGACAACCCUGCUUUCGAGGCUUUCAUUGAGAAGUACCCAGCCCAAAUUGGUGUAUUAGCAACACAGGCUCAUUGGACCGCACAAGUCGAGGCCGCUCUUGGACAAGGAGGUGCACCCUUGCAGAAACUCUUCGAGACGCAAGUCAGCAAGCUGAAGUUCCUGGCUACCAUCGUCUUGAAAGAGCUUACGCCAGUGCACCGCAAGAAGUGCGAGCAGCUGAUUACUGAAUUUGUCCACCAACGAGACAAGAUCGAGCAGCUGAUUGAGGGUGGAGCGGAUUCGCCAGGUCACUACUUGUGGCUCCUUCAAAUGCGCUACGAGUUCACUGCGAGCGCACCGCCUCUUGAGCGUAUGCAGGUUCAGGUCGCGAAUGCUACCCUCGCCUACGGAUUCGAAUACCUUGGCGUACCCGAAAGACUUGUCCGAACACCACUUACAGAUCGCUGUUUCCUGACGCUGAGUCAAGCUCUAUGCCAACGAUUAGGUGGUUCGCCAUACGGUCCAGCUGGAACGGGUAAGACAGAAUCUGUGAAAGCACUUGGUGUACAGCUCGGACGUUUCACGCUCGUCUUCAAUUGUGACGACACCUUUGAUUUCCAGGCCAUGGGUCGUAUCUUUCUUGGUCUCUCGCAAGUCGGCGCGUGGGGUUGUUUCGAUGAGUUCAAUCGACUGGAGGAACGCAUCUUGUCUGCGGUCUCACAGCAGAUCCAGAACAUUCAAGUCGGCCUGCGCAAGCGUGCGCUCGAUGACAAUGCUCAAAUCGAGCUCAUUGGUCGCCAGCUCAAGGUCCAUCUACUCACCGGUCUGUUCAUCACCAUGAAUCCUGGCUAUGCUGGACGUUCGAACUUGCCAGACAAUCUGAAGAAACUGUUCCGCAGCGUUGCGAUGUCGAAGCCUGACAAAGAGAUCAUUGCUGAAGUCAUGCUGUUCUCGCAAGGUUUCUCAGAAGCAAAGACGCUAUCCAGGCAGACUGUGCCCUUUUUCGACAAGUGCAGCGCCGGAUUGUCUAAACAGCCGCACUACGAUUUUGGACUUCGUGCACUCAAGAGUGUGCUCGUCAGUUCUGGUGGUCUGAAGCGAUCUAGACUGGCCAGCGGCUCAGACGCAGACGCUGAUGUGGUGGUUGAGCCACAGAUCAUCGUACAAAGCAUUCGCGAGACUAUUGCACCCAAACUGGUACGAGACGACGCAUUGCGCAUGCAAGAGAUCGAAGAAGAUGCGUUUCCGGGCGUCAGAUAUGUUCCGGCGCCUUUGGAGAAACUGCGCAAGGCUCUUGAAGAGGUUGUGGAAGAGCGCAAGCUCGUUGCGACAGACUCGUGGCUCACAAAGGUUCUUCAGCUGUACCAGAUCCAAAGCCUGCACCAUGGUGUCAUGAUGGUAGGAAACUCCGGCACAGGAAAGUCGACCGCUUGGCAGACCUUGCUCGCCGCCCUACAAAAAGUCGAUGGCAUUGAAGGAGUAUGCCAUGUCAUCGAUCCCAAAGUCAUGUCCAAAGAGAGCUUGUACGGCAGUCUCGACAGCACCACUCGCGAAUGGACGGAUGGUCUGUUCACAAGCAUUCUCCGAAAGGUUGUUGACAAUCUUCGUGGAGAGGACACAAAGCGCCACUGGAUCGUGUUCGACGGUGACGUCGACCCUGAGUGGGUUGAGAACUUGAACUCCGUGCUGGACGACAACAAGCUGCUGACGCUGCCAAAUGGUGAGCGUCUUGGCCUGCCCUCGAACGUGCGCGUCAUGUUCGAAGUAGAGACUCUUCGAUACGCCACUCUUGCGACAGUGUCUCGUUGCGGUAUGGUAUGGUUCAGCGACGAUACUGUUGACAUCGAUGUCAUGCUUUCGCGAUACAUCGCCCAGCUUCGUACUGCUACGUUCGAGGACUUGGAGGAAGACACUGGCACUCCCACAUCGACGGAAGCAAGACUUACCGUGCAGAACUUGAUGGCCGAGAUUCUCAACAGGCGAUUGACCGAGAACGAUUUUGUGAAGAAGAGUCUUGAGCACUGCGCGAGUAUGAAGCACAUCAUGGAAUUCACUUCCAUUCGUGCCAUUGGCACGCUUUUCUCACUACUACGAAAGGCCUGCCGAUCAGUGCUGGAAUACAACAUCCAGCACACUGACUUUCCCCUCAACGACGAUCAGAUCGAGGGUUAUCUGGCGAAGAAAGUUCUUCUUGCUGCAGUCUGGUCGUUCACUGGUGACUGCCCGCUUCUCGAGCGCAAAGCUUUCGGCGACUAUCUCGCUGGAUUGGCUACACUGGAUAUGCCACUGCUGACCGACUCGUCUUCCCUCAUCGACUUCGAUGUCUCCCUGCCCGAGGCUACGUGGACGUCAUGGCAGAACCAGGUGCCAACUAUCGAGGUCAACACGCACUCCGUCACUCAGACUGAUCUCGUGAUUCCCACACUGGACACUGUCAGACACGAGGACGUACUUUAUUCAUUCCUGGCCGAGCAUAAGCCUCUUCUGCUCUGCGGUCCACCUGGUUCUGGUAAGACGAUGACGCUGUUCAGCGCACUUCGCAAGUUGCCAAACAUGGAGACAGUCGGCCUCAACUUUUCCAGUGCAACCACACCAGAUCUGCUCGUCAAGACGCUGGAGCAAUAUUGCGACUACAAGAAAUCACUCAGCGGUGUCACCAUGGCUCCUCGGCAAAUUGGUCGCUGGCUUGUGGUGUUCUGCGAUGAGAUCAACUUGCCUGCUCCUGACAAAUAUGGCACUCAGCGUGUCAUCUCCUUCCUCAGACAACUCGUCGAGCAUGGCGGUUUCUGGCGCACUUCCACCAAGAGCUGGGUCAGCCUUGAGCGUAUCCAAUUUGUGGGUGCUUGCAAUCCUCCAACCGAUGCUGGACGUACUCCACUAGGCCUACGGUUCUUGAGACAUGCACCGUUAGUAAUGGUCGAUUACCCUGGAGAGUUGUCACUCAAGCAGAUUUACGGCACUUUCAACACGGCUGUUCUCAAGAUUAUCCCAACACUGCGAGGCUAUGCCAAUGCUUUGACGCAAGCCAUGAUCCAGGUGUAUCUGCUUUCUCAGAAGCGUUUCACGCCGGAGAUCCAGCCGCAUUAUGUCUACUCGCCUCGUGAACUUACGAGGUGGGUCAGGGCUGUGUACGAGGCCAUACGACCACUAGAGACACUCUCGCUCGAGGGACUCGUGCGCAUCUGGGCGCACGAAGCAUUGCGCCUGUUCUCCGAUCGACUUAUCGCCUAUGAUGAGAGACAGUGGACUGAAGAGACGGUGAACCGCGUGGCUCUCGAACACUUCCCCAACUUGGACGAGGAGACUGCUUUGCAGCGACCAAUCUUGUUCUCGAACUGGCUGUCGAAGAACUAUGUUCCAGUGGCACGUGAUCAGUUGCGCGACUUCGUCAAGGCUCGACUGAGGACCUUCUGCGAAGAAGAGCUCGACGUGCCGCUGAUCCUCUUCAACGAUGUGCUAGAGCACGUCCUGCGCAUCGAUCGUGUCUUCAGACAACCGCAAGGACAUCUCAUCUUGAUCGGUGUCAGUGGUAGUGGCAAGACUACGCUGUCUCGAUUUGUCGCUUGGAUGAAUGGCUUGUCCGUGUUCCAGAUCAAGGUUCAUGGCAGAUACUCCGCCGAGGACUUUGACGAGGACUUGCGCGUUGUGCUUCGUCGAUGCGGUACCAAGGGUGAGAAAAUCUGCUUCAUCAUGGACGAGUCGAACGUCCUGGACUCCGGUUUCUUGGAGCGCAUGAACACUCUGCUCGCCAACGGUGAAGUGCCCGGCCUCUUCGAGGGAGAUGAGUACGCAACGCUCAUGACUGCUUGCAAGGAAGGCGCCCAACGACAAGGUCUAUUGCUCGACUCCCAGGAAGAGCUGUACAAGUGGUUCACUCAACAAAUUGUUCGCAACCUUCAUGUUGUGUUCACCAUGAACCCACCUUCCGAGGGAUUGGGAUCUAAAGCUGCAACCAGCCCUGCCUUGUUCAAUCGUUGCGUGCUUAACUGGUUCGGCGACUGGUCUGAUCAGGCAUUGUAUCAGGUUGCAUACGAACUCACGCAGUCCGUGGACAUCGACAAGGGUAAUUUCGCAUGUCCUGACAGUUUGCCAAUCGCUUUCGACCAACUGGAGAUGCCACUGUCUCAUCGCGAUGCAGUUGUCAAUGGCAUGGUUCACGUGCAUCACUCGCUGCGAUCAUUCAACGACCGUCUCAAGCGCCAGCAGAACAAGCAGACCUUCUUGACACCACGUCAGUUCUUGGACUUCGUUGCACAAUUCGUGAAGCUCUUCAAUGAGAAGCGAGACGAUCUCGAAGAGCAACAGCGCCAUUUGAAUGUCGGUCUGGACAAGCUUCGUGAGACAGUGGAGAAGGUUUCGGAGCUGAAGAAGAGCUUGGCUGAGAAGAAGACUGAACUUGAGAAGAAAGAUACAGAAGCCAGCGAAAAACUUCAACGUAUGGUGGCCGAUCAGCGGGAAGCCGAACAGAGAAGAUCUGCAUCGCUUGAGAUUCAGGCUGCACUUGAGAAGCAAGAGGAGGAAGUGGCGAAGAGAAGAGAAGUUGUGCUUAGCGAUCUGGCCAAGGCUGAACCCGCUGUGGAAGAAGCACAGCGCAGUGUCAGCAACAUCAAGCGUCAACAUCUGACAGAAGUGAGGUCUAUGCAGAAUCCUCCUUCUGGUGUCAAGCUUGCUUUGGAGUCUGUGUGCUCUCUUCUUGGUCACAAGGUCACAGACUGGAAGACGAUUGUUAGCAUUGUGAGGAGAGAUGACUUUAUCGCAAGCAUUGUCGGCUAUGACAACGAACGACAGAUGACGCCAGCCUUGAGAAACAAGAUGGAGGCUGAGUACUUGUCCAAGGAUGACUUCACAUUUGAGCGUGUCAAUCGCGCAUCCAAGGCUUGUGGUCCUCUUGUACAGUGGGUAGAGGCACAGGUCAACUACUCUUCUAUCCUGGACAGAGUUGGACCACUGCGUGAGGAAGUCGAUCAGCUCCAGGAAGCGGCCCUACAAACGAAGGCUGAGGCAAAGACGAUCAUGAACACCCUUGAGGAGCUUGAGAAGAGCAUCGCUACUUACAAGACAGAGUACGCUUCGCUCAUCAGCCAGACCGAGGCUAUCAAGGCCGAGAUGAGUCGCGUCCAAUCCAAGGUCGAUCGCAGCAUGCGUUUGCUCAACAGCCUGUCCUCUGAGCGUGGACGUUGGGAGGAGAGCAGUAAGACUUUCCAAGUGCAGAUGGAGACCAUUAUUGGCGAUGUCUUCUUGGCAUCGGCGUUCCUGGCAUACGCUGGUCUAUAUGAUCAGCAGUAUCGUCGCGCUAUGCUGGAAGACUGGUCUCUUCAGCUGUCAGCAUCUGGCAUAUCUUUCAAGCCACAGAAUGCCAUUUCGGAAUACCUUUCCACAGCAGACGAGAGGCAACAAUGGCACGAGAAUGCCUUGCCCGUGGACGAACUCUGCACGGAAAACGCAAUCAUGCUGAAGAGGUAUAACCGCUAUCCACUCAUCAUCGAUCCAUCUGGCCGUGUUACCGAAUUCUUGCAAAACGAGACCAAGGAUCGCCGGCUCACUGUGACCAGUUUCUUGGACGGCUCAUUCGUGAAGCAGCUUGAGAGUGCUUUACGUUUCGGAAACCCUAUCCUGAUCCAAGAUGCGGAACACAUUGAUCCAAUCCUCAACCACGUGCUUAACAAAGAGUACCAGCGCACCGGUGGUCGUGUUCUCAUACAGCUUGGGAAGCAAGAAAUCGAUUUCUCGCCUGCUUUCAAGCUGUACCUUUCGACUAAGGAUCCUUCGGCAGCAUUUGCGCCAGACAUCUGUAGCAGAGCCACUUUCGUCAACUUCACGGUCACACAGAGCAGCUUGAAGACUCAGACGCUUAAUGAUGUCCUGAAGUCAGAGCGACCAGACGUCGACGAGAGACGAUCCAACCUGGUCAAGAUGCAGGGCGAGUUCACACAGCGCCUGCGGAGAUUGGAACGUAUGUUGUUACAGGCGCUCAACGAGUCUCAAGGCAACAUUCUCGACGACGAAAAUGUCAUCAACACGCUCGAGAAACUCAAGAACGAAGCCGCGGAGAUCACAGCCAAGGCUUCCGAAACUGAAGGUGUCAUGAACGAGGUCAAUACCAUUAUGAACACUUACGACAUCAUCGCACGAUCUUGUUCGGCAAUCUUUGCGGUGCUGGAACAGCUGUAUCAUGUGCACCACUUCUACCAGUUCUCGCUGCAAUACUUUGUGGACAUCUUCGAGUCUGUAUUGCGUACCGCACGAGAGUCUUCCGAGCGGGAUCCGAAGAGACGCAUUGAUACCAUCGUGCGUUCGCUCUUUGGCAAGACAUACAACGAGACAUCAGCUUCGUUGCUGCAGAAGGACAGAUUGACCUUUGCUGUUCUGUUGGCCCAAGCUGCUCCUUUCCCCAUGGACAAGAGCUUGAUCGACUUGGUCCUGGACGAGACAAUUAUCGGCGGAGACGUCACGUCAGACUCUGCGCACAAAGACAAGGCCGUCGCUACGGCAUCUCGCAUCAAGAGCGUCAAGGAUUUGGUUGCGGAUCUAGCCUCACCAGAAUGGGAGAAAUUCUUCACUAUCGAGCAAGCCGAGACCUGCGUGCCAGGUGUUGCUGCUGGCAGUGGAAACGACAGUGAUAAGGCGCUCAAGGAGCUGCUGCUCGUCAAGCUGUUCCGCAUGGAUCGACUGGUGCCUGCAACAGAACGCUUCGUCAACGUCGUAUUCGGACAAGACUUCCUCGACGUUGCAGAAAACCUUGGCAGGAUUGUCGAUAGCCAGACUGCCAGCUCACCCAUCGCUCUCUGCUCGACUCCUGGAUUCGACGCAAGUUACAAGGUCGAUCAGCUUGUUGAGCGACAGAAUGCCAGCUGUACAAGCGUUGCCAUGGGUUCUCAAGAAGGUGUUUCAAGCGCCGACGCUGCACUGGCUGGUGCCGCGGCCAAUGGUUCUUGGGUCCUGAUCAAGAACGUUCACUUGGCGACCGAGUGGCUACAAAAUCUGGUCAAGCGCAUCGACUCACUCAAGCCAAACAAGGACUUCCGUCUCUUCUUGUCGAUGGAAACGAGCCCCAAGAUUCCAUCAAGCUUACUCCGCGCUUCGCGUGUCUUGAUGUACGAACAGCCUGCUGGUAUUCGAGCCAAUAUGAGAGACACGUUGACGUCUCUGCCAGACAAGGCAGUUCAGCAGCCCGUUGAGAAGGCUCGUGUGCACUUCUUGCUUGCAUUCUUGCACGCUGUCGCACAAGAGCGUCUGCGCUACGCCCCACGUCUCGGCUGGAAGGGAUUCUGGGAGUUCAACGAUGCAGAUUUCGACUGCUCGGCUUUCAUCAUCCAGUGGUGGACAGACAACAUCGCUCGUGGUCGCAGCAACAUCGCACCGAAGAGCAUACCAUGGGACAUGCUUCGCGCGCUGAUUUCAGAAAUGUAUGGUGGCAAGAUUGACGAUGCUGGCGAUAUGGCGCAAUUGAAGGGCUUGGUCACGAAAACACUGACUGCCGAUGCAUUCGAAGAGGGCUUCAACUUGAUCGGCGAAGUCGCGGAAGACCAAAAUGUCGGCAUGCCUUUGCCAAGUGGCUCAGCGAAGACCGACAUGCUCCAGUGGGUCAAGGAAUUACCGGAACGCGAGCCACCCACUUACUUGGGUCUUCCUGCCAAUGCAGAGAAACUCCUGCUUGUCGCGCAUGCGGAGGAAAUGUUGAAGAAUUUGAAGACUGUAAUGGGUGUGUUGGACGAAGGAGAGAGUGUCAUGGCCGAGGCCGUGGAGGAGUCGUAGAAUGGGACGAUAAGAAAGAGAUUGCAUGGGAUUUCAAUUUGUUAUGCAUGGCGAGAUGGCGUUCGGAGAUGAAUGUGCCGGAAUACUGCUGGCUGGGCGAUGAGAUUGCGGGUACUAUCAUGGCAAUGGCGUUUUGUGUUGGUUCUUGCAAACGUUUUCAGCGCCUAUACCCCCC